GAUGGCAACGGCACACGCAUUGUCAGUCUGUAAACCGCUCGUCCGGUCGCCGCACGUCGCUCGGAUCUCUCGUCGCUUGCCGAACACGCCGCAGCCGAAUCGCAAUGCGUUUCCCCGGACUGUUGCCGGCCGCCUCCGUGAAAACGUACUGUCCGUGGUCUCAUCCCGCAACUUAGAGAGUGCGAGCUCAAGUGUAUGUUGAGAGCCCUUGAAUAGUUUUAUUCGUGGUUUCAAAAAUAAAAAAAUAUAUAUUUUACCGGUAACGUCGUCGUCGUCGUCCAAGUACUCGUGCGAGUAUAACAACAUAAUAUAAUACAUAUUUUCUUUUGUAAAUAUUUUAAUAGUGUGAAAUUAUUACCGGGUCGGUCUCGCAGGACCGUCGCCAUGGAGGCCGACCUCCGGAUUCUCCUGGUCGUCUGGAUAUUGUCCACCAUGGGAGCGUCGCCCGAAUUGGCUUCUGAAGUGACGGUGCCAUUAGUUCCGGUAGACGCCGUGGAAGGUCGAAGUGUACAAUUUCCCUGUGAUGUGUCGUCAUCUAAUCCAGCAGAUAAAGUUUACAUGGUGUUCUGGUUCAAAGACGAUUCCGGAGUACCGCUGUAUAGCUUUGAUGUCCGAGGAAUGCCAUUAAAUAAGGCUCGUCAUUAUUCAGCACCAGAAGUGUUUGGCAGCCGUGCUACCUUUCGAACCGUCACUGAACCUGCAUGUUUGAAUGUAGAUGAAGUGAGUCGACAUGAUGAAGGAAUUUACAGAUGUCGGGUUGACUUUAGAAACUCUGCAACGAGAAGUUUUCGCUACAAUUUGUCUGUAAUCGUGCCACCUGAGCAUCCGGUUAUAUUUGACAAGUGGGGUAGGCAGUUCAACCACACAAUUGGUCCGCUCAAUGAACACGAUGAUGUAGCUCUCAUAUGUCGUGUCACAGGAGGUAAACCAUCGCCGGUAGUGGAGUGGCUGAAAAACGGCGAAGUGAUCGAUGACAAAUGCGAGCACAACUCUGAUGAUGUUUUUGAAAACCGCCUGUACUGGCCAGCCGUAAAUAGACAUGACCUGAAUUCAGUAUUUACGUGUCAAGCCUCAAAUACACGUCUAAUAGAACCACAACGAUCGUCUGUAGUAUUAGACUUACGAUUAGCCCCACUAUCAGCAGUAUUUACCAACCGUGACUCAAUUUUAGUUGCUGACCAUAAAUACGAAGUAUCGUGUCACAGUGCGGGUUCCAGACCACCGGCCACCAUUACGUGGUAUCGAAACGACAAAAAACUUCUAAAAACCAAGCCCGACGAAGUUAACGAAAAUGUGACAUCUAGUGAGAUAACAUUUGUGCCAACAACCGACGAUAAUGGUAAGUCAAUCACCUGCCGAGCAGAAAACCCUCAAGUACCAUCUUUAGUGGCUGAAGCAAAUUGGGUACUCAGAGUAGUAUUUGCUCCUAUCGUUUCGCUCAGACUUGGUAAUUCAAUCAAUCCAAACGGUAUUAAAGAAGGAGACGAUGUCUAUUUUGACUGUCAAGUUAAAGCUAAUCCACCAUCAACUAAAUUAACAUGGUAUCAUAAUGGCAAUAUUUUGAGUUUAAAUUCAUCUGCCAGAACUAUGAAGAGUGAUAACAACUUAGUGCUCCAAAGAGUGACAAGAAGCGUAGCUGGAAAAUAUGCUUGUAGGGCGACAAAUUCCGAAGGAGAAUCAUUUAGCAAUGAACUCAAUCUUCGUAUAAAAUAUGCCCCAGGAUGCCGAACUGAUCACGUGCUCGUCUUGGGAGCUUCACGUGGAGAAAGUUUGGAUGUUCUGUGUGAAGUCGAUGCUGAUCCACCGGCAAAAAGAUUUAAAUGGAAGUUUAAUAAUUCUGGAGAGAUCAUUGGAAUUGAUCCAGAACGAUACACGUCGAAUAGUACUUCAAGCGUCUUGAAGUACACGCCGGUAGCCGAUUUGGACUAUGGCACUUUAUCGUGCUGGGCCGAAAACGGUGUAGGUCAUCAAUCUAUACCGUGUCUUUUUCAAAUGGUGGCAGCAGGUAAACCACAAUCGGUUCAUAAUUGUACAGUCAGUAAUAAUACAGAUGGGGCUGUGGACAUCCAAUGUGAACCUGGUUACGACGGAGGAUUAAGUCAAUCUUUUGUACUAGAAGUUUAUGCUGAAGACAUUGACGACGACGAUGAAGUUUUGUACAGAAAUUUGACAAACAAAAAGGUGCCACGUUUCUCAUUGGGAAAAGUAGCUUCGGGUGUCUUGUUCACAGCUCGAAUGUACGCCGUAAAUUCAAAAGGAAAAUCUGCACCAGUCACGUUGCCCAGAUUCUCAUUUCCCAGCUCUGAAAAUCAAAUGGGUUUUGGCGUUCCGGUGUUGAAAGUUUCGCCGAUUAUGAUAACGACUGCUAGCAUUAUAGUGAUGAUCAUAAUACUAACUAUUGUAAUAAUUGUUAAAAUAAAAAGUUCAGACAGCAGGAAACGUUCAUCGAGGCGAUUAUCCGGAGAUAAACAAGUAGUUGUUCAUCAUAGAAACAAUGGACAAGUUGCCACUACUCUUUUGGAACCCGACUCGGAUCCAGAUUUGAUUCAAGUGAAAUAUGAUCCAUCAGAUGUUUUGAAUAUCACUAAUGGUGGCUGUUUAAAUAUCAAUGAUUCCUCACUUGGUUGGAUAUCAGGUUCGUCACAAAAUACACUACGGAAAGAACGUAUAGGUCAUCGCAUCACAUCGGAACUGAAUGGAGCUGCCAUAAAAGAAAAGUUAAUGAUGUCUAGCAGUAAUAUACCUGAGAGCUGUGUUUAGUCUAUCGAUUAACUCUUAAAUGAUUUUUGUUUGUAAUGAUUUAUAGAUAUUCGUUGUGAUGUUUGUGUUAGGGAGGAAUGAUACGUAUAUAUAAAUAGUUCAAAAGUUCUCUUUUUAAACUUAAAAAUCUUCAAUAAUGACUGGGUCAAAACAAAUAUACUUUAAUGCCAAAUGUUGUAAUUAUGAUUUCAACUAUUAAAAUUGUUGACUAAGUUGUUCAAGUUAGAACAUUAUCUGGCAGUUUCCUCCUAACGAAUAAUCUCUUUGUUUCCAAUUAUUGACUUAUUAGGUGUAUAAUGUCAAUGAAAAUUUUAUGUCCUGUGGACAUAUUAAGUGUUGUAAACUUUUAUUGUUCCUUGUUAAUUUUAGAUGAAGUUGUAAAUAAGUUUUGUAAAGAAUACUAGAGAAAUCCUGUUUUUAUAAUUAAAUAAGUGUAUAAAUGAAUGUUACCUUUUAUCCAUUUGUGUUAUGAUUAAGUUAAAAUAAUUAUGAUCGUUGUUGUUUCAGUUUUAAUAAAAA